CCCAAAUCUCAUAGCUCCAAAGUUCCAUGAUCAUGAAGCCCCGAUUAAACGGCUAAGGAAGGGCCAUGUUCCAUGGAAUUAAUAACAGUCUGUCCUUUUCCUGCUCAACAUAGACCCCCAUAUGCCGUGGACUGCUCCCUCCCUCUCGACUCCUCCGACUCGACUUUCCCAAAAGACAACAACGCUUUCAAAAUGCACAACGCAUCCAGCUGAAUAUGCAUUCGUACGAUACAGACAGAUCAGGCGCUCAUCACCACAAGCCUCUCGGAAAUGCAAUUCAAUCACAAUCCACAUUUAUGACUGAAAUCGGGAUCUCUGAUAUCUCCCUCCCCCUUCAUAAAAUGGGGAUGUAACAGAUCGACCUUUUUCGUUCUGGGGUGAGCAGAUACGAUGGGAUCUAACAGUAGCAAGUCCAAUGCUGCAGAGACAUCUUCUUCUUUUUCUUCAUCCUUGUCGUCUUCCUCCUCCGCAGUUCGGAAGACCCGAUCUAAAGGAAGAAGAAUCUUCCAGCCUUCUUGUCUUGUUCCAUCUUCUGCUUCUCACGAUAGCGACAACGACGAACAGGUUCACAACCAUCAAAAUAAAGAAAAUGGCCGAGACUGUUCAUGCACAAACCCGACUACUUUGUACACAGACCAAACAAAAGUUGAAUUCAAUGGGAAAACUAAUGGAAUUCAGCCACAAGAUGACUUGACAAGUUUAUCUUCCAAUUCUGUGAUUGAUGAAUGGGGCCAGUCAAGGUCAUUAGAUACUUCUACUAGAACUGGUAGUAGCUUCUCUCGAGCUUCCUCUUCUAGGUCCCGAAGCCCUUCAAGACAUUUACUUUCACGCUUUAGCUUCUUACCAGGUAGUAUAAGCUUCAGACUUAGCCGAACAGCAAGUAUAGGUUCCUCAAGGGCAUGUCCUGUAUCUUCUUCUUCUUCCACUUUACCCGUUUCAAGCAAACAAGAAGAGUCCUGUCUACAACAUGGCUCUUCCUGUGGUAUGGAUAACGAGAGUAAGGCUGCACGAGAUGGUCAAGAAUUUUCUAUUCAAGAUACAAGUAGUGAAGAUUUGCAUACCUCUAGAAACAACGAAAUAGAAUGCCUGGAGACAAGAAAUGCUGUGAGGAGGAAUGAAUCAUGGGAACCUGCAGCUGAACGUAAUGUUCGGUUUAGUAGAACAUUAAGUGUUGGAAGGCUUCGAGACAGAGUUAUUCGUAGGUCAACUCCUUACUUGCCAUUCUCUCCUUUGCAACCGGCACAGGAUGCUAUAGAUGUAAAUCAUCCUGGUGUAGUAGCUGAAGAGUGGAGUGGAAGAACGGAAGUGUCAUCUUCUGAGUCAUUCAUGGUUCCUGAAAUUCCUGUUGAUGAAUCAUUGUACAGAAAUCGAGAUAGGAGAGUGGAUGGACCAUACAGACGGGAGACAAGGUAUCAUGAUUUAUUGGAACAUAGAUCAAAUUUCCUUGAAAGAAGAAGAAGAAUUCGUUCACAGGUUCAUGCACUUCAGCGUUUGGGAAGUCGUUUUGAGAACUUUUCUGGACAUGAAAGGUCUUGCAUAUUAUCUGGUCAAAAUCGGAUGGGUCGUUGUGGAUGUCGAAAUGGUGUUCGUGAUCUUAAUUCCAAUGAAGAUAGUAGUGCUAGGGCUAGCAUAUCAAGAAUUGUCAUGCUAGCUGAAGCUUUAUUUGAGGUUCUGGAUGAAAUUCACCAGCAAUCAGUUGUUCUUUCUUCUCAGCCUUCUCUUUCUUCAAUUGGAUCAGUUCCAGCACCUGAUGAAAUUGUUGACUCUCUUCCUGUGAAAUUAUACAGUAAAUUGCAAAAGCAUCUGAACGAAGAAGCUGCUCAAUGCUACAUAUGCCUUGUUGAGUAUGAGGAAGGAGACUCAAUGAGAGUACUACCUUGCCACCAUGAAUUCCACACAACAUGUAUUGACAAAUGGCUCAAGGAGAUCCACAGGGUUUGUCCGCUUUGUCGUGGGGAUAUCUGCAGAUCAGACUUGAGGCCUGUCGGGAAUUAACUUACUCUAUUUUCCCCCUGAGGUCAGCUAAAAUGAAGCACUGUAGAAAUUUUCUAUAGUUGGAAUAAACUGAUGCUGGUUAAGUUGGUCCGAAAAAAGUUCAUUUGCUGUUUAAAAGCUUGAUUUGGAUGUUGAGAUUCCAACAACCCAAACACAUAGAAGAGAGAUACUGUAAUAUUUGUCACUUUGAGGAUUUUAUGAGGAUGUUGUUCCUGGAUCCUUUUUUAAAAUACUUAUUGUUUGCACAGAAACAUUAUCUUUGUAAGUGUUUUCUAAAUCGGAUUAUUCAUCAAAUUGCAGGAUUGUUGUGGUGACUAUCAA